AUGAUUCAGUGCGGUGUUGGCUCUAACCACAAUACGCAAGAGCAGAACUCGCUAGCAGCAUUGAGGAGCGGAGAAGCUCAGACUGAACUGUCAAGCGCUCCGACUCCAUGGCACCAGCACUGUCAAGCACAUACUGUUUGGUUCACAACCGACAAUUCUCCAGGAGCCAAGUCCGGUACAUGGGCUUGCGGCGCCCGCAGUAAAAACCAGGCACGUGAGCGCUGGGGAUCAACUCCAACAGACGGAGCCAAUUACAGCGAGCUGCUGAAACCCUCGAAUAUCCGCGAUCGCGACGACCUAGCGUUACAUAUUGGACGUUUGGUGUCUUGUGCCACCGGAGAUGUAAGCGCGCACGGGUACGGGCCGUCACGUUCGCCGUUCAAGGCAACCAAGGCAAUCGAGCUGGGCGGGUACGGGACAGCCAAUGCUAACACGUUGCUCGCUGAGAUCGUAAGUCUGACGUACACAACGGCAGAUUGA